CGGUCCCGGAGCGUGCACAUCUGCCGACUCCAUCUGCGCACUCGGAUACUUGGGACAGCCUGGCUUUUCCCUCUUCGCCCUCCAGUGCCCCACGGAGCCCGCUACUACCCUCCCCAAGACGUGCUGCCCUGCGCGCGCAACCAUGUGCCGCACCCUGACCCACUUCCCCAACUCCUGCCUGGAGAGAGCCAAAGAGUUCAAGACGCGUCUGGGGCUCUUUCUUCAUAAAUCAGAGCUGAGCUCUGAUUUAUUCGAUUGGAUCAGUAAACAUAGCAAAGAGAGAAGCGUCUCAGAAGAUGUUCUGGGAUGGAGAGAGUCCUUCGAUUUGUUACUGAGCAGCAAGCAUGGAGUGGCUGCCUUCCACGCCUUUCUGAAGACGGAGUUCAGUGAGGAGAACCUGGAAUUCUGGCUGGCCUGCGAGGAGUUCAAGAAGAUCCGAUCAGCCACCAAACUGGCCACCAGGGCUCACCGCAUCUUUGAUGAGUACAUUCAAAGUGAAGCCCCUAAAGAGGUGAACAUAGACCAUGAGACCCGAGAGCUGACAAGGACGAGACUGCAGGCAGCCACUGCCUGCUGCUUCGAUGUGGCCCAGGGGAAGAUCCACACCCUGAUGGAGAAGGACUCCUACCCGCGCUUCCUCAAGUCGCCUGCCUACCGGGACCUGGCUGCCCAAGCCUCAGCCGCCUCCUCCACCUGUUCCUCAUGCAGCUGCAGCCCCGACGAACCCUCACACACUUGAGCUUCCACAGCAGCGAAGACGCCAGCAGGAAGAGAGGUGGAGUCGCCCGUCCCUGAAGCAGCGGCCCUGUGUGGGAGGCAGGCUCUGCCCAGCAAGUGCGAGAGGACAGUGAAGGGACGCGCGCGCGUUCCCGCAUCCUGGGUGUGAAGGACUCCCCCCUCCCCCAGAUACUGUGGUGGGCUCCGUGUAGGAGAGGCUCCUCGAAUCCAGGACCCCUGGCUGACGACUGACAAGGGGGCUGUGUGGGGUCUCCGGGGAAGGACUGGUGGCCCAGCAGUUAUGCUCAUCCUACCAGGGCACAGAGGAAUGCUGGGUGGUCGGGAACCUUGAGAAAUGGACCUGGAGAGAACCAUAGCAGCCGGCAAGACAGUUGGCUUUGGUCAUACCUUGAUUUCCUCCUUCCUGGCCUGGGCCUAGAAAAAACUGAAUGCGGAACCUUCCUCUUCUGUGCGCGCCUUCCCAGAGAUACCAGGGGUUCCCUAGCUUAGGCUUCUUACCAUGCCUGUGUUCAUUCUCAUGGGGGUCAACGAGCCCAAUAUGAUUCUUGCCCCAAAUGAGAUUUUUAUACCUCAAAAGCUGGCCUGUGAGCCCCUUUCCAGGUCAGCAGUAACCCUGAAAAAGAAGCCACUUUGCUCGUGUGACUAGACUGGGUGCUCUUGGUGGCCUUUUGUCGGUGGCCCCCUGUCCUCAACAUUUGCAGCAGGGUCCCCUGUGAACAGGGCUAACUGGGAGGGAGGCCUUCCUGAGCCCUGCAAGGCCUUGGAGGCUGAGGUCUGAGGGGAGGGAGGUGGCCGGAAGGAGGCCUCAGGCACGCAUGUCCAGGAACUGAGUGAGGGAGAAAGAGCCACAGGAAAUCCAUCUGUGGGAGGAGCCUAACCGGCCAGCUGAAAUCAAAUCAGUUCUCUUGGUGGACAGGAGACUGGGAUCAAGAGACGCCCCCUGGUGGACGGGGAGCCUUGUGUUUUCCUGUAGACAGGAGAUGCCCACUGCAGUUAGGGGAGAGGUAGGCCAGGGACCACCAUAGGGUAGCUCUGGAUGCGAAGCUGGAAGUGCAGCCAGGGAGUAUCGGGCUGCUUGGAAGGGUGGGGGCGGGGGGAAUGAACCCGCUUACCACCUCUGGGUCUUACUGGACAAACCUUCCAAGUCGGGACUUCCCGCACCAGAGACCAGCAUGGCAGUGGAGACCCAGGUUGCCAACAUUGUUCUCUCUGCACUUGAGGCUUCUCCAGGAGAAACUUAUUUAAGUCUAAUAUAUUGUUACAUUGUGUUGUGCUGAUUGUCUCAGCUAUUGUCGCUGUUGUUAUUUAUUGUGGUUUGUUUGCCUCUACUGGAGAAACUCAGCAGGAGCUGCUUGCCCGGCUGGGCCUCCUCCCUCACGGGACUCUACCUCUGCAAGCCUUGAGACCACUGAGGGCUGUUGGGGGAACACCCCACUGUUUUAAUAUUUAUUUAUUGUUAACAAAGGGAGCUGGGUUCCUUUAUCAGUGAUGUAUGCAACCCCUGUUUUUCUGUUUGAGUGUGUUAUAUUCUUGUAAGAAAUGAAAAUAAAACACCAGUAUACCA